GCGGGGAGAGGAGAGAGGCUUUUGAGCUCUGUCCACCGGGGACUGCAUGAGGGACUAGGCCUGGAGAGGGCUGGGUGCUGCUGGGGACUCCUGCCUCCCAGCAGAUCCCAGUUGCAGGGAGCCUCGGGGGAUUGUGAAGAGCCAGGAAGAGGAAGGACAGUCUCCAAAGAGGGACAUCAUGACCUGCAGGAAAUGGUGCUCGGCCAGCCGGACCAAGUGGGCUCUUGCUGGCAGUGCUGUUGUGGCCCUGAUAAUAGCCGUCGGAGUGACCCUGGGCCUUAUCCUUCAUCGGGGCACAGAGCCAGGCUGUGAGCAGGAAGCAUUCUGCCGCCCAGACGCUGACAUGUUGAACUAUCUGCUAAGCACGGGCCAGAUCAGCUCUAAGGACGGUCUGCUGGUGGGCUGGUUUCAUGCUGCCAACAGCCAGAAGGAGAUGGAGGCUGCCCUGAAGAGCAAUGCCACAGCCCUGGAGGCCGACGUCACCGUAGAAGGGUUGAACACAGCCAACGAGACGGGGGUCCCCAUUAUGGCCCACCCCCCAGACAUCUACAGCGACAACACUCUGCAGCAGUGGCUGGAGGCCGUGCUGGCCUCUUCCCAGAAAGGCAUCAAACUGGACUUCAAGAGCAUCAGGGCCGUGGGCCCCUCCCUGGACCUCCUGCGGCAGUUGACGGAGGCCGGCAGAGUCAGGAGGCCUGUGUGGAUCAAUGCUGACAUCCUGCGUGGCCCCAAUGUGCCCCUCCCAAUUGAAGUCAAUGCCACACAGUUCCUGGCACUGGUGCAGGAGAAAUAUCCCGAGGCCACCCUGUCUCCUGGCUGGACCACUCUCUAUGUGCCUCUGUUGGCCAACAGCACGUACAGCCAGACCAUGGUGGAAACGAUGCAGAGGCUGGUGGGGGCAUUGCCCCAGAGGGUCACCUUCCCCGUGCGGGCCGUCAUGGCGCGGGCUGCCUGGCCAAACUUCAGCUGGCUGCUGGGCCAGUCGGAGAGGUACAGCCUGACGCUGUGGCAGGGUGCCUCGGACCCCGUGUCAGUGGACGAUCUCCUCUACAUCCGGGACAACAGUGCCGUCCACCAAAUCUACUAUGACCUCUUUGAGCCCGUCUUGUCGCAGUUCAAGCAGCUGGCAUUGGACGCCAGCCGGAAGAAAACGUACUACACGGGCGGCAGCCUGGUCCCUCUUCUCCAGCGGGCUGGGGGUGACGGCCUGGGGGUGGAGUGGCAGGUUCCCCAAGUACACAGCAAUGUUGGCACGGCAGUCAUUGCGAUCCCCGACAAAGAAGGCAUGAUCUUGCUGGACGUCGGCCUGCAGCAAACAGCAGCCGGGGACCCCGUGCCCGUGGUGAUCACACGAGGCAGCCCAACGCUGACCCUUGAGUCCUGCCUGUUACAGCUGGCCACGCACCCUGGACGCUGGGGCAUCCACGUGAACCUGGUGGAAGCCGAGGCCCUCUGGCCAUCUCUGUCCAUGCUGGCCAAUCUCUCCGCCCUGGGCCAUCUUCUCCGGCCUGUGUGGCUGGGGGCCACAAUCUCACAUGGGAGCUUUGCCAGCCCCGGCCAUGUGGUGGGCACAGAGCUGCUGAAGGCCGUAGCCGAGGUCUUCCCCCACGUGACUGUGGCCCCAGGCUGGCCCGACGAGGUGCUGGGCAGUGGCUACCAGGAACAGCUGCUCACGGACAUGCUGGAGCUGUGCCAGGGUCUCCGGCAACCUGUGUCCUUCCAGCUGCAGGCCGGGCCACUGGGCCAGAGCGCCCCAGGAACCGUGGCCAGGCUCCUGGCAGCGUCUCCCCGCGCCACCGUCACGGUGGGGCACAGCCUGGCACGGGGCAGUCCCGCAGCCGUGCUUGCGGGGCUGCGGGCCGCCAGGGCGCAGGACAGGACCCGGAUCUAUUACAGGCUCCCCCAGGGGCACUGGAGAAACUUGCUGGCACAUAUGUAAGCAGGAACUGACCACCCCAGCGGGAGGGCACGUGACCAUGGCUUCUGGAGGAGGUGGGGUGAAUAAAAGCCUUGGUUUGGUUUUCA